AUGGAGGGCGGCAGCAACUCCAAGGGCACCGGCCUCGGCGGCCUCUUUGGCGGCGGCGGAGUGGGAUACUCGCACGCCGAUCUGGCCGGGGUGCCACUAACUGGAAUGAGUCCUUUGUCCCCGUAUUUAAACUUGGACCCCAGGUAUCUAGUACAGGAUACAGAUGAGUUUAUCUUACCCACAGGAGCCAACAAAACGCGAGGCAGAUUUGAGCUGGCCUUUUUUACCAUUGGAGGAUGUUGUAUGACAGGGGCAGCAUUUGGUGCACUGAAUGGUUUACGACUUGGCUUGAAGGAGACGCAGAAUAUGGCAUGGUCAAAACCUAGAAACGUACAGAUUCUAAAUAUGGUAACUAGACAAGGAGCGUUAUGGGCUAACACUCUGGGAUCUCUGGCUCUACUUUACAGUGCGUUUGGAGUCGUCAUUGAAAAAACAAGAGGUGCAGAAGAUGACCUGAACACUAUAGCUGCUGGAACCUUGACAGGAAUGCUAUACAAAAGCACUGGUGGAGUGCGUGGGAUAGCACGUGGUGGGAUCGUGGGUCUGACGCUGACCGGCCUCUACGCUCUCUAUAACAACUGGGAGCACAUGAAGGGCUCCAUAGCCCGGCAGUCCCUCUGAGCAGGGGCAGCCAGCACCGGGAAGAGGACACGCUUGCUUAGUCACCAAUCAAAUCAGUUGUGAGACCUGUCUGGUGCCUCUUCCUUUUUUAUUUGCAAUUAGUGUGAAACUGAAGGAAUCUAUGCUGGGAGGAACCUCUUGACGCCACAUAGCUGGACUGGCCCUUUCCUUCCUGCCAGCCAGUCACUGGACAGGCAGCAAUAUUUGUUGGACCUGCAAGCAAGCAGAGUGGCCAGCAAGAUAGAGUCUCCCUGACAUGCUCAUCAGCUAACCCUGGGCCAGAGCUACAAGGCAUGUUCAAAUCCCAUAGCUGUACCUGCUGUCUGCCAGGCCUGUUUGGCUGUGCAUGCUACAGCAGUAGUGCUGCACAGCAAAGCCUGUGUCUGCACAGCUAGGCACUGCAGGCUUUCCACACACAUCGCCUGGGCAGUGGGAGCCUUAAGGGGCAGCUGGCACAGGGCAGGGCAUGUUCCGGCAGCACAGGGUAAGCUGUAAGAAGGAACAUCAUUGUUAAUAAAAAGGGUGGUACUUGUGCAUGACUGUUUAUAUGCUUUGCUCUUCCUGCUGCUGGUAACACAAAGUGUGCUGCAUCCAGUGACUUAGUUACACUUUUGCUUUUAAGGACUGAUGAGAUAAAAUUCUGGGGGAGAUAGUGGGUGAAGGGAAGAGAAGUAACAGGCUAAUUAUCUUUUGAUGCAAGGUGGUGGUGAAGCAUAACAGGGUUUGACUCCACUCCCCUAUUUGCUAUAAUAAAUAAGGAACUAGUUGUUUCCAGAAAAGGUACAGUUGCUAUUGCAGAACAGUUGCCAGUAGAUUAUCAAAACACUUGGGUGCUUCAGGAUCUCAGAACUCAUUUAGCCAACAUUAGAAACCAAGCAGUAUAAAUACUCGUCUCGUUCCUUAUUGCAGGAUUUUUAACUGGCAACAGGCCAAGCACUGUUUGUAGGUUUUUGGCAGAAUGAAGACAAAUGAUAAGCCUACAUCUUCUCCAGUGUUAAAAUUAAACCAUGUACCAAGCAUUGCUUGAAGAUAAAUUAAAUGGUAAGUUGUGAAUCAGUUCAGUACUUCAAGUUAGUCUAUCACAGCACAUUCCUUUGAUUUUAAAUAGUAAAAAAGAUAAAUAAAUGGGUCUGAGACAGCAUGAAGGUAGGGCAAGAAAAAAGAA